UACGGGGGCCGGGGGCGGCGCGGGCGGGGGCGGGGGGAGCGGGGCGCGCGGGAGGGGCCGGACGCGCGUGGCCGGCCUAGCGCUCUCCCGGCGUCGGCCCGCGCGUCUGCCAGGCUUCCCGGUCCGCCAGGCGGAGCUGCGGACGCGCCCACGAGUCGGCCCGACGCGCCGCGGCCCCGCAGCCAGCCCCGCUUCGACGAUAUGUUCGGCGCCUCGUUCCGGGACCCGUCCCUGCUCCUUGCCAUCACCAUCAUUGGAGUUACAGUGGUCCUGUUGGCCCUGAGGAACAUGAACUCGCGGAGAAGACAUACCACCUUACAGGACUCUGAGACCAAGUACCCGCUGCCCUUGAUUGAGAAAGAGCAAAUCACCCACAACACCCGGAGGUUCCGCUUUGGACUGCCCUCACCAGACCAUGUCUUGGGGCUUCCUGUAGGUAACUAUGUCCAUCUCUUGGCCAAAAUUGAUGGUGUUCUGGUGGUCAGGGCUUACACACCGGUGUCCAGUGAUGAUGACCGAGGCUUUGUGGACUUGAUUAUAAAGAUCUACUUCAAAAAUGUGCACCCCAAUUAUCCAGAAGGGGGGAAGAUGACUCAGUACUUGGAGAAUAUGAAAAUUGGGGACACCAUCCUUUUUCGAGGGCCAACCGGUCGCCUGUUCUAUCAUAAGCCAGGGAACUUUUCAAUCAAGGCAUACAAAACAAGUGAGCCUGAAAAGAAGCUGGUCAGUCACCUGGGAAUGAUCGCUGGGGGCACAGGGAUUACGCCCAUGCUGCAGCUCAUUCGCCACAUCACAAAGAACCCCAGCGACAGGACCAGGAUGUCCCUCAUCUUUGCCAACCAGACAGAGGAGGAUAUCUUGGUGAGAAAGGAGCUUGAAGAAGUUGCCAGAACUCAUCCAGAGCAGUUCGACCUAUGGUACACCCUGGACAGGCCUCCUGUUGGCUGGAAGUACAGCUCAGGCUACAUCACCGCCAACAUGAUCAAGGAGCACCUCCCUCCUCCUGGGCAGUCCACGCUCAUCCUGGUGUGUGGCCCACUGCCCCUGAUCCAGACAACUGCUCACCCUAACCUGGAGAAACUGGGUUAUACCAAGGAUAUGAUUUUCACUUACUGAUACCUCCCUUGCUUCUAGCAAAUUUGCCUGGUCCCUUUCUGUUUCGGAGUGAGUUCUGCCUCACCACAUUAAACUGGGAUGUGUU